UCGAGUAGAGGGGGAGGGGAGAUUCCAAGUUCACGGGAUUCCGUUCCUGACUCCGUUUAGGAACAGCUGGGGUCAGAAAAACUGAACUCAGAUAACAGUGUUGACGUUGUGACGAUGUAUAAACAUUCUACACGGUGAUGGUGACGUGAGAUGAAUUUGAUUUCCAUGAGAACAUGUUUAAUACAAACAAGAAAAUGGUACCUCCAGAUGGCGGAUGGGGGUGGGUUGUUGUGGUGGGAGUCAGCAUGGUCAAUCUAUGUACGAGAUCCAUAGAACAAUCUUUUGGGCUUCUUUUUGGAGAUAUCCUAGAAUCAAUGGAAGUGGAGACCACAGGUUCAGCACUCAUAAUGAGCGCAUUAGAUGCGCUCAUCAACUUCUCAGGACUCUUGGUGGGACCUCUAAUUCGUGCCUUUUCCUACCGUAAAGUAUCACUUGCCGGGGCUUUUCUGUGCUCCAUUGGUUUAUCAGCUACAUCUCCUGCCAGUAAUAUGGGACAUAUCCUGCUAACUUACAGUAUUAUAAAUGGACUAGGAGUAGGUUUAGCGUCUUCUGCAACUUUUGUUGCUCUAAAUAACUACUUCGUGAAACGAAGAGGCCAGGCGGUGGGUCUCUCACUGGCUGGUACAGCGUUCGGCAUGAUGAUCAUGCCACAAGCUAUCAAAUUGUUGUUAGAUGCGUACAGCUUCCGUGGUGCCAUAUUGGUACUUGGAGCUUUUGCCUUGAAUGGCGUUGUUGGUUCUUGUGUGUUACAACCGGCCGAAUGGCAUUAUGUGGAAGAGAACAAAGGAGUUGACGGUGAAGCUCAGCAUAAGGAAAUGGAAACCAUAAAAGAAACAGAUGAUGAAGAAGCGGAUAUGUUCGAAGAUCAGAAUCUUCUGAGUACCAAAAUGAACCAGGAUACUAUUGUGGUUAAAACUCUGGAAGAUCUCGGUAAACAAUCAAAUUUGAUGAGGAAAGGCACAUUUCCGAGAAAUUUUUCGACAUUGAGUUUUGUCGGGUCGAGAAAAAGAAAAGUUUCCUUGGAAUCUGUAAUGUCAAGUUAUUCUAGAUUGGAUUUUACUGGUUCCAGUUUACAGUUGCAUUUAGAGACCAACCAUCUUCCUGACGACAGACCAGCUGACAAUGUCCCUCUCAGAAGAAAUAUGAGCUAUCCCGGUAUACAACCCAAGAGAUUUAGAGUUGCAGCGCCACCGCCUAUGUCUCUCGAAAUGAAACCAUUGAAGAAGAACAGCCUUUGGCAAAAGGUGGUUGAAUUCAUGGACCUCGAUUUACUCAAGGAUCCGAUUUACUUGAAUUUGGUCUUUGGACUUUCAAUGUUCUACGUCGCCGAACAGAAUUUCAAGAUGGUGACGCCAUUCUUCUUUAAAAAUAUCGGUUACGACAAACAGGAUGUCGCAACUUUUUUAUCUGUACAAGCAGCGACUGACAUUUUAGCUAGACUUAUACUGCCACCGAUUUGUGACCGUUUGGCUGUGUCGAAAAGAACCCUUUUCAUGACUGCAAUUUUUGUUUUGGGUUUAUGCAGAUCAGCGUUGGCCAUGCAAAGGGAAAAACCGAUGAUACUGACAUGGCUUGCAAUUGCUGGGUUCGUCAGAGGAUCGGCACUCAUAAACUUUGCCAUUUGUAUAUCGGAAUAUUCAACCCUGGAAAAAUUGCCAGCGGCUUUUGGACUUCAUAAUGUUGGCAAAGGAUUAUUCGUUGUAGCUCUCGGGCCAAUAUUAGGUAUAAUUCGAGAUACUACGAAAAGUUUCCCGCUAUGCCUACAUUCUCAAACGGUCCUCAUUAUGGUUUGCUGUGUAGCUUGGUUAACAGAGUACACAGUACUAUACUUGAAAUCGAGAAAGAAGAAAAAAGAAACUCCACCUCCCGUUUCAUGACAAAUAGAGAUAUACUGUGAUGAUACAAUAAGUCUGUAAAUGAAAAUAUUGAAAUUCUGUAUAUAGUGGUUUUAAAAGGUAAUGUAAUAGAAUCAGGGUAAUCAUCCUUUAUGGAAACAUCGGUCAUUUCCAAAUUUACAAUAUCAUAUUCGCAUUAUUAUUCGCGCAUAUUUAUAAAGGGAUAUACCAGCAGUGAAAGGUUGCAUAUGACAACUAUUUGUAUUUGAAAGAAGUCCUUCGACUUCUGUGUCGAUUAGUUUUUUAUCAAAAUAUCAAAGAUGAGUAAGAUAAUCUCAUUACCAUCCCCCGUAUCAUUCAAGUUCGAAAAAUAAACCUUAUCUAUCAAAUGUGAUCAAAGCUAAUGUACUUAAAUAUUUACUUGGAAAUGGAAUGGUAUACUUUUUCUCCUGGAUUUUUGUAUGAAUUUGUUUGUAUUUGUAUUGCAUAAUGCAAUUAAUAGCCAGGAGCGAAUUGAAAAAAUUCAAAUUGUUUUUAUGUAAAUAAUUGAAAGUUGGAAAUUGAAUAGUGUAUUGUGAACAUUACUCAAGUAAAUGAUUAUAUAAAAUAAAUAACUUUUACUUCCUUUCUUCAA